AUGCAGCCCGUGCCAAGUCCCUUCGUAGCUGCAGUUCUUCCUAGAAGAGCCGCUGAAGUUACCUCAAACCCAGCUGUGGGUACCUUUGGCUCUCCGGAAGCCGUCGCGAUGCACAGCAAUGGGCGAGCCCAAGACGAGCCCAAGGACGACGUGUUUGCUGAAGGCUCGAGAUUCGUGUCGCUGAACAAUGUGUCGAUCACGGGUGGUACUAAGCGCAAGACACGUGCAAGGAAACCUAAAGAAGUGCGGAAGGGGAAGCGUUCUACUUUCGUCCGCACGGGCAAGAAAGGCUGCACUGAUGCACUUGGUGAUGGCGGUUGUGGAGCAGACACAUACACUCAAGGAAAUGGUCAACAUGCACAUAACGCCUCCUUUCCAGCUGCAGCCGCCACUAUCUCUCCCUCCUCCGCCUAUGUCAACGCAGCGGCGGUGACUCAUCAGCUCGCCGCCUCUCACUCAAUCCCUGGCCUGCCCUCCGCCUCUGCCUCCCUUUCAGCUGCAGCCGCCACUAUCACUCCCUCCUCCGCCUAUCUCGCCACCACUCAGUCAGUCCCUGGCCUGCCUUCCGCCUCUGCCUCCCUUUCAGCUGCAGCCGCCACUAUCUCUCCCUCCUCCGCCUAUGUCAUCGCAGCGGCGACUCAUCAGCUCGCCGCCUCUAACUCAAUCCCUGGCCUGACCUCCGCCUCUGCCUCCCCUUCAGCUGCAGCCGCCAGUAUCACUCCCUCCUCCGCCUAUGUCAAUACAGCGGCGACUCAUCAGCUCGCCGCCUCUCACUCAAUCCCUGGCCUGCCCUCCGCCUCUGCCUCCCUUUCAGCUGCAGCCGCCACUAUCUCUCCCUCCUCCGCCUAUGUCAUCGUGGCGACUCAUCAGCUCGCCGCCUCUCACACAAUCCCUGGCCUGCCCACCGCCUCUGCCUCCCCUUCAGCUGCAAGCGCCACUAACUCUCCCUCCUCCGCCUAUGUCAACGCAGCGGCGGCGACUCAUCAGCUUGCUACCCGGAUCUCUCCCUCCGUUGCCUAUGUGCACGUCUCGGUUCCUGGCCAGUCCAGGCCCGCCGUUGCACCUGGAUCGACCUCCCUGCCACCUGCUCCCAGUGCACUCUCACCCUCGCCCUCCUAUAUCAAUCCUGGAUUGCACCCAACCAACUCAGACCCUAGACCAUCACAUGUGGAGGCCGGGUCGGAUGAAGACUCCGACGAUGAUGACUCCUUGGAGAAUCAUUAUGAGCAUGAUGGUGAACAGCGGCCUGCUCCAACCAGGGUUUCGCGAGCCGCUUUUGAGGCCGCGCAAGCGCAAAUCCGACAACAGGCGCGACGCAUAGCUGAGUUGGAGAAUCAGCAACCUCAGCAAAAAGGCCCUCAUGCUGGCAGUCACGCCAUGGUUCAGCGCCAGGCCAAUAUGCCCAGCCCUUCCCAAAAGUUGCCGGUUGCACCCCAGCUUGCUCCUUCAACCACUCGACCUUGCACCCAGCCGAAUGCAACACCGACCCUGAUUUUCUCACCGGUGGUGUGGCCACGAACGCAGGCCGCUUUUAGCCGUGCUGUGGCAAAGGCCCACAUCAGACGACAGGCCAUCGACUGCUCUGCAAUGUCGCUACGGCAACACGGGUGGUACAAUAACGUCAUCACGGCGUUAGAUGCUUUCCCGGAUGUGAACGGGGACCUUAAGCAGCAAGCAAGGCCAGCCAAGGCAGAGCCCAACAGUCCCCAGUGUACCCUCUUUCCCUCCCUGUUUUCCCCUCCCCACCCCAGCAGCAAGCAAGGCCAGCCAAGGCAGAGCCCAACAGUCCCCAGUGUACCCUCUUUCCCUCCCUGUUUUCCCCUCCCCACCCCAGCAGCAAGCAAGGCCAGCCAAGGCAGAGCCCAACAGUCCCCAGUGUACCUUCUUUCCCUCCCUGUUUUCCCCUCCCCACCCCAGCAGCAAGCAAGGCCAGCCAAGGCAGAGCCCAACAGUCCCCAGUGUACCCUCUUUCCCUCCCUGUUUUCCCCUCCCCACCCCAGCAGCAAGCAAGGCCAGCCAAGGCAGAACCCAACAGUCCCCAGUGUACCCUCUUUCCCUCCCUGUUUUCCCCUCCCCACCCCAGCAGCAAGCAAGGCCAGCCAAGGCAGAGCCCAACAGUCCCCAGUGUACCCUCUUUCCCUCCCUGUUUUCCCCUCCCCACCCCAGCAGCAAGCAAGGCCAGCCAAGGCAGAGCCCAACAGUCCCCAGUGUACCCUCUUUCCCUCCCUGUUUUCCCCUCCCCACCCCAGCAGCAAGCAAGGCCAGCCAAGGCAGAGCCCAACAGUCCCCAGUGUACCCUCUUUCCCUCCCUGUUUUCCCCUCCCCACCCCAGCAGCAAGCAAGGCCAGCCAAGGCAGAGCCCAACAGUCCCCAGUGUACCCUCUUUCCCUCCCUGUUUUCCCCUCCCCACCCCAGCAGCACGCAAGGCCAGCCAAGGCAGAGCCCAACAGUCUCCAGUGUACCCUCUUUCCCUCCCUGUUUUCCCCUCUCCAACCCAGCAGCAAGCAAGGCCAGCCAAGGCAGAGCCCAACAGUCCCCAGUGUACCCUCUUUCCCUCCCUGUUUUUCCCUCCCCACCCCAGCAGCAAGCAAGGCCAGCCAAGGCAGAGCCCAACAGUCCCCAGUGUACCCUCUCUCCCUCCCUGUUUUCCCCUCCCCACCCCAGCAGCAAGCAAGGCCAGCCAAGGCAGAGCCCAACAGUCCCCAGUGUACCCUCUUUCCCUCCCUGUUUUCCCCUCCCCACCCCAGCAGCAAGCAAGGCCAGCCAAGGCAGAGCCCAACAGUCCCCAGUGUACCCUCUUUCCCUCCCUGUUCUCCCUUCCCCACCCCAGCAGCAAGCAAGGCCAGCCAAGGCAGAGCCCAACAGUCCCCAGUGUACCCUCUUUCCCUCCCUGUUUUCCCCUCCCCACCCCAGCAGCAAGCAAGGCCAGCCAAGGCAGAGCCCAACAGUCCCCAGUGUACCCUCUUUCCCUCCCUGUUUUCCCCUCCCCACCCCAGCAGCAGGCAAGGCCAGCCAAGGCAGAGCCCAACAGUCCCCAGUGUACCCUCUCUCCCUCCCUGUUUUCCCCUCCCCACCCCAGCAGCAAGCAAGGCCAGCCAAGGCAGAGCCCAACAGUCCCCAGUGUACCCUCUCUCCCUCCCUGUUUUCCCCUCCCCACCCCAGCAGCAAGCAAGGCCAGCCAAGGCAGAGCCCAACAGUCCCCAGUGUACCCUCUUUCCCUCCCUGUUUUCCCCUCCCCACCCCAGCAGCAAGCAAGGCCAGCCAAGGCAGAGCCCAACAGUCCCCAGUGUACCCUCUUUCCCUCCCUGUUAUCCCCUCCCCACCCCAGCAGCAAGCAAAGCCAGCCAAGGCAGAGCCCAACAGUCCCCAGUGUACCCUCUUUCCCUCCCUUUUUUCCCCUCCCCACCCCAGCGGCAAGCAAGGCCAGCCAAGGCAGAGCCCAACAGUCCCCAGUGUACCCUCUUUCCCUCCCUGUUUUCCCCUCCCCACCCCAGCACCAAGCAAGGCCAGCCAAGGCAGAGCCCAACAGUCCCCAGUGUACCCUCUUUCCCUCCCUGUUUUCCCCUCCCCACCCCAGCAGCAAGCAAGGCCAGCCAAGGCAGAGUCCAGCAGUCCCCAGUGUACCCUCUUUCCCUCCCUGUUUUCCCCUCCCCACCCCAGCAGCAAGCAAGGCCAACCAAGGCAGAGCCCAACAGUCCCCAGUGUACCCUCUUUCCCUCCCUGUUUUCCCCUCCCCACCCCAGCAGCAAGCAAGGCCAGCCAAGGCAGAGCCCAACAGUCCCCAGUGUACCCUCUUUCCCUCCCUGUUAUCCCCUCCCCACCCCAGCAGCAAGCAAAGCCAGCCAAGGCAGAGCCCAACAGUCCCCAGUGUACCCUCUUUCCCUCCCUGUUUUCCCCUCCCCACCCCAGCGGCAAGCAAGGCCAGCCAAGGCAGAGCCCAACAGUCCCCAGUGUACCCUCUUUCCCUCCCUGUUUUCCCCUCCCCACCCCAGCACCAAGCAAGGCCAGCCAAGGCAGAGCCCAACAGUCCCCAGUGUACCCUCUUUCCCUCCCUGUUUUCCCCUCCCCACCCCAGCAGCAAGCAAGGCCAGCCAAGGCAGAGUCCAGCAGUCCCCAGUGUACCCUCUUUCCCUCCCUGUUUUCCCCUCCCCACCCCAGCAGCAAGCAAGGCCAACCAAGGCAGAGCCCAACAGUCCCCAGUGUACCCUCUUUCCCUCCCUGUUUUCCCCUCCCCACCCCAGCAGCAAGCAAGGCCAGCCAAGGCAGAGCCCAACAGUCCACAGUGUACCCUCUUUCCUUCCCUGUUUUCCCCUCCCCACCCCAGCAGCAAGCAAGGCCAGCCAAUGUUAA